GGCGGGCGAGCCGGGUUCCGGAGAUCGGAGAGCAGGCUCCGAGAGGGGCGGAGUGCUGCGGGCGGGCGAGCGGGGAGGGAAAGCCCGGCGGGCUCCGCGCCGCCGCCCGCUGCACGGCGCGCUCUCCGGACCGCCAACCCGUACGGCCCCGCAGCCUUCCGGGAAGAAGCGGCGCAGGCAGCGGCCGCAGCGCGCGCUCGGGCUCCCUCACCUGCCGGCGUCCGGCGGCUCCCCCGGCGGGACGCGCGCAGGCCGGGCGCGGAGGAGGAGAGAAGACCGGCCGCCCGCGCCGCAGCCCAGCCGCCCGGGAGCGCCUCCGAGCCCUCGCGGGGCGCCGGCUCCAUGGCGACCGGGCUCGGGGAGGAGAUCUACGGACUUUCGGAAGAUGAGGGCGAGUCACGUAUUCUCAGAGUGAAGGUUGUUUCUGGAAUUGAUCUCGCCAAAAAGGACAUCUUUGGGGCCAGUGAUCCGUAUGUGAAACUUUCAUUGUACGUAGCGGAUGAGAACAGAGAACUCGCUUUGGUACAGACAAAAACAAUUAAAAAGACGCUGAACCCAAAGUGGAAUGAAGAAUUUUAUUUUAGAGUAAACCCAUCUAAUCACAGACUCCUGUUUGAAGUAUUUGAUGAAAACAGAUUGACCCGAGACGACUUCCUGGGACAGGUGGACAUACCCCUGAAUCAUCUCCCGACCGAAGAUCCGACCAUGGAGCGACCCUAUACAUUUAAGGAUUUUCUCCUUAGACCAAGAAGUCAUAAAUCUCGAGUUAAGGGAUUUUUGCGAUUGAAAAUGGCCUAUAUGCCAAAAAAUGGAGGUCAAGAUGAAGAAAACAGUGAGCAGAGAGAGGACAUGGAGCAUGGCUGGGAGGUCGUGGACUCGAAUGACUCGGCCUCCCAGCACCAGGAGGAGCUUCCCCCGCCUCCACUGCCUCCCGGCUGGGAAGAGAAAGUGGACAAUCUGGGUCGUACCUAUUACGUCAACCACAACAACCGGACCACUCAGUGGCACCGACCAAGCUUAAUGGAUGUGGCCUCCGAGUCGGACAGCAACAUCAGGCAGAUCAACCAGGAGGCCGCGCACCGACGCUUCCGCUCGCGCAGACACAUCAGUGAGGACCUGGAGCCGGAGCCCAGCGAGGGUGGAGACGGCCCAGAGCCUUGGGAGACCAUUUCCGAGGAAGUGAACAUCACUGGAGACUCCCUCAGUCUGUCACUGCCCCCUCCGCCGUCCUCUCCAGUGUCCCGGACCAGCCCUCAGGAGCUGUCUGAGGAGCUGAGCAGAAGGCUUCAGAUCACUCCAGACUCCAAUGGGGAGCAGUUUGGUUCUUUGAUCCAAAGAGAACCGUCCUCAAGGUUGCGGUCCUGCAGCGUGACGGACACCGUUGCCGAGCAAGCUCAUCUACCACCGCCAAGUGCCCCAGCUAGGAGAGCGCGUUCAUCAACUGUCACAGGUGGUGAGGAGCCAACGCCAUCAGUGGCCUAUGCACAUACCACGCCGGGCCUACCUUCAGGCUGGGAAGAACGAAAAGAUGCUAAGGGACGCACAUACUAUGUCAAUCAUAACAAUCGAACCACAACCUGGACUCGACCUAUCAUGCAGCUCGCAGAAGACGGUGCAUCCGGAUCCGCCACAAACAGUAACAACCACCUAAUCGAGCCUCAGAUCCGCCGGCCCCGUAGCCUCAGCUCGCCGACUGUAACCUUAUCUGCCCCACUGGAGGGUGCCAAGGAUUCACCCGUACGUCGGGCUGUGAAAGAUACCCUUUCCAAUCCACAGUCCCCACAGCCAUCACCUUACAACUCCCCUAAACCACAACACAAAGUCACACAGAGCUUCCUGCCACCCGGCUGGGAAAUGAGGAUAGCACCAAACGGCCGGCCCUUCUUCAUUGACCAUAACACAAAGACUACAACGUGGGAAGAUCCACGCCUGAAAUUUCCAGUUCAUAUGCGGUCAAAGGCCUCUUUAAACCCCAAUGACCUUGGCCCUCUUCCUCCUGGUUGGGAAGAAAGAAUUCACUUGGAUGGCCGAACAUUUUAUAUUGACCAUAGCAGCCAGGUGUUAUGUGGAGAGAAUGAUCCCAGAGAAUCAGUGCCCUCGUACGAUAGCAAAAUUACUCAGUGGGAAGACCCAAGACUGCAGAAUCCAGCUAUUACUGGUCCGAAGGCUGUUCCUUACUCCAGAGAAUUUAAGCAGAAAUAUGACUACUUUAGGAAGAAAUUAAAGAAACCUGCUGAUAUUCCGAAUAGGUUUGAAAUGAAACUUCACAGAAAUAACAUCUUUGAAGAGUCCUAUCGGAGGAUCAUGUCUGUGAAAAGACCAGAUGUCCUGAAAGCUAGACUGUGGAUCGAAUUUGAAUCGGAGAAAGGUCUUGACUAUGGGGGUGUGGCCAGAGAGUGGUUCUUCCUACUGUCCAAAGAGAUGUUCAACCCCUACUAUGGGCUUUUUGAGUACUCUGCGACGGACAACUACACGCUUCAGAUCAAUCCCAAUUCAGGCCUCUGUAAUGAAGACCAUUUGUCUUACUUCACUUUUAUCGGAAGAGUUGCUGGUCUGGCAGUGUUUCACGGGAAACUUUUAGAUGGUUUCUUCAUUAGACCAUUUUACAAAAUGAUGCUGGGAAAGCAGAUAACCCUGAAUGACAUGGAAUCUGUGGACAGUGAAUAUUACAACUCUUUGAAAUGGAUCUUGGAAAAUGAUCCCACUGAACUGGACCUCAUGUUCUGUAUCGAUGAAGAAAAUUUUGGACAGACCUAUCAAGUGGAUCUGAAGCCCAAUGGGUCAGAAAUAAUGGUAACAAAUGAAAACAAAAGGGAAUAUAUUGACUUAGUCAUCCAGUGGAGGUUUGUGAACAGGGUCCAGAAGCAAAUGAACGCCUUCUUGGAGGGAUUCACAGAACUGCUUCCUAUUGAUUUGAUUAAAAUUUUUGAUGAAAAUGAGCUGGAGUUGCUGAUGUGCGGCCUUGGCGACGUGGACGUGAACGACUGGAGACAACAUUCUAUCUAUAAGAAUGGUUAUUGCCCAAACCACCCUGUCAUUCAGUGGUUCUGGAAGGCCGUGCUGCUCAUGGACGCGGAGAAGCGGAUCCGGCUACUGCAGUUUGUCACGGGGACGUCGCGAGUACCCAUGAAUGGGUUCGCCGAACUUUAUGGUUCCAAUGGUCCUCAGCUGUUUACAAUAGAGCAAUGGGGGAGUCCUGAAAAACUGCCCAGAGCUCACACGUGCUUUAAUCGCCUUGACUUACCUCCGUAUGAAACCUUCGAAGAUUUACGAGAGAAACUUCUCAUGGCCGUGGAAAACGCUCAAGGAUUCGAGGGGGUGGAUUAAGCUCCCCCCUCCUCGGGGUGGUUGUUCAUCGAGCGAGUCCUGCUUGCACUUUUGCAUUUGCCCAACACCCGACUUUGCAGAGACCGAGGCAGAAGAGCGGCCGCACACGGCGGCCUGGCUCCCGGGGCGGGGCCUCCACCCGCGACUUGCCCAGGUUCAGACGUGGGAGCCCGGUCCCAGGUCGCGUUCCUGCAUUUUCCACCACGAAUUAUCAACUGGUUGAUGUGUACACUAAUAACAUUUCAGGAGGACUUAUUCUAUUUAUGUUGUGCCUCUGUAGGCAAAGCCCUUAAUAAAUAUUUUACAUACUUUAUAAUGACAAUGAAUGGGAUUAAUCACUCUACAGGUAUAGUAUUACAACUCAUGUUUACUUUUUAAAAUGAUUUAGACCGAUUUUCAGAUUUUAUUUCAUUACAAUUAAAGAUGUCUCGUGUACUUGGAAAAGUGAGCAUAUUUUUUUUGUAUUUGAAUUUCAUACCAGGUUUAAUGUCAGUGACAUUUUUAUUUUUGAAGUACUUUGACACCCCCCCCCACUCCUUAUGUUAUUAGAAUUGAAAGACUGUUGUUGUUGUUGUUUUGUUUGUUUUUUUUUUGUCCAGAUACCUACGGACAAGUACUUUGAGAGAAUUUAAAAUAUAACAUUAGACAUAAUGCUACUUUUCUCCAUACUCUGAGAGAAUGGAAAACAAACUGGAUAUUACAUUUUGUGUGUGUGUGCAAAUUUAGCGUAAUAGCUCCAGGCUGAGAGAAUUGUAACCUAGCAUGACAAAUUUGGUGUUGACUUGAAGGAAGGAACCACACCAUUAUUCCUUAGAAGUAAUUCCGUGUGCUAGAACACAUUUGAGGCAGGGUCGGACUAUCCUUUCUCAUUAGAGAAAUUACUUAACCCUCCAUGAUGCUGUACAGCCAUUCUUUUAUUACCUUUUCCACACUCUUUGCUGUUUGUCGUAGAGACAUUUGAAUGGGCCUCGACACUCGCUUGAUUUGAAACCGUGGAAACCAGAUCUGUGUCGCGUCCCGUUUGUACGAGUUUGCUAGCGGUAGCUAAAUAACCCGUUUUUGUUCUAACUGCACCAGUUCCGAAGGCACUUUAUGUUCUCCCUGGGGGUCCUAUCUGGUUUCGUUGAUGGGUUGUUGUUGUUUGUAAAUCACAGACAUUAAAUGUGAUGAUGAUUUCUUCUCCCUGCA